AUGUCCUCUGAGACCGACGUUAUCAUCAUCCCUACCUUCCCUCCUUCUCCUCCCACUACCUCCUCUCGACAGAUGUCUUCUUCUCCCGAGUGGUUCACCACCCCGGUCAAGGCCGCCUACAAGCCUUCUCCACUCUCCAUCUCCAUCCCCCUUAGCAACUUUGCCUCCUACGGUUCUCAGACUGCCCGUCGCUCUAGCUCUGACGACGAGACUCUGUCCGAGGUCCCCAGCACUCCUCCUCUCUCCCCCGCCAGCACCAUCGGCUCCUUCGACAUGUGCCGCAAGGGCUCCAACAGCUCUUCCUGCUCCAGCGGCUCUGACGGUGACUGCGACGAGGUCCUCGUCACCCCUGGCCCUCGACCUUCCACCCCUCGACGCACCUCUGGUUACUUUGACCUCGAGGCUCCUUCUCGCAAGAGCAAGAAGACCCAGCGCAAGUUCCCCGGUGUGCCCGUCACUGGUUUGAUCGAGCCCAAGUGGCGCAUGGAGGAGCAGAUGGCCCAGAAGAAGACUUCUCCCACCGCCACUGCGAAGCUUUUGGAACCUUUCAAGAUGGCCCUUCCCACUCAGGCGAAGCCCGAACCCAAGUACACUCUCGAUGAGCACUCUUUUGUCCUUGCCCACGUCCCCGCCAAGUCUGUCUCCCUCUCCGCCUUCAGGCCCCGCAUGAUCCAAGUGCCCAGGUGGCAGCGACCCAUCGUCAUCGUCGUCAUGUCUGUCCUCCUCUUCGGUACUCUCUGCAUGGUGUCUUUCUUCCAGCAGUCUAUCGUCAGCGCUGAGCGCGCGGUCGUCAUCAAGCAGGGCGAGUGGCUCGCCAAGAACGCUCUCAUGGCUCAGGCCGAGUCUGACCUCAUGGUCGAGUCUGAACCUGGCUACAAGUCCGCCUCCCCCAAGCACCACUCUCUCAAGGUCCAGGCCAAGCUCGCCAAGCGCGCUGCUGCCGGCCAGUCCCCCAUGCGAGUCUCUCUCGAGAUGACCAAGGCUGAGGAGCUCGCGGCUCUGAUGAACUUUAUCGUCGGCACCACCGCCAACACCCUCCCCGAGAUCGACCUGGAAGACUCCACCUCCCUCGAGGGCUUCCUCCCCUUCAACCCCCGAUCUCGUAACGCCAAAGCCGAACUCGCCGAACUCGUCCGCUCCCAGUGGGAAGACUACCCCAUCAUGGUCCUCGGCAACAUGCGAGACCCCAAGAUGCGCGAGGCUCGAGCUCUUUUCAAAAAGUACAACGUCAAGCCCUCCCCCUUCUACGUCGACAUUGACCAACGCACCGACUCUUCCGUCCUCUCUUCUACUCUUGAGCACGUUCUCGGCAAACAGGAGGGCCCUUACGUUCUCCUUGCUGGCAAGAACAUCGGUACCACCACCAAGCUCGUCGAACACGAGAAGAAGGAGACUCUUAUCGAGACUAUUGCCAAGACUGGUGCUAGCAUCGCAAAGAGGCUCAAGAGGAACAAGCACCAGAGGGAGGAGGAGCGAAGGGAGAACGAGAGGGUCCUCGGUCCCAAGCCCGUUCUCAUGGCUUAG